UUUGUCAAACUGUGCGGUUGUUAGAACUUUUAAAUUUUCUUUGCAACGUCUUGGCAACGUUUUAAAUUUCCCUCGACAGCUAACAAGAACAAGAAAAUCAAAUUUAAAAAAAAAUACGUUGAAUACGUUGAAUUUUUCAAAACCAGACCGGUCGCAAGUCGUUGAGAAUUGCAUUAGUAAUAUUGCAUUUUAUCUUUAUACAAAAUUAAUGAAAAUCAAGUCUCAAUUUUUGCAUUAAAUUUCCCCCAUUAAAUUCUAUUUUGUAUUGUAAAAAGUGUUUGGAAAUUGCUGGAAAACGCGCCGCAACGCGUUGACCGAGAGUUUACUAAAUACGUUAAGCGCGCGACAGUUGCCAUUGCCGACAGGAUAACGACACCACCUCCAGGAUUUUCGCUGCGGUGAAAAUGAGUUUUCACAAAAGCGACUCACGUACGCCGCUGGCACCGGCGGAAUACACCAAAAUUCCGACGGUUGUGACGGUCUACGACAGCGAGAAGAAAAAUGGCAGCAGGAACAAUGCGAGCAUAAGCCAGCCCAAAUUCAUUCGCUCCGACAUGGCCGAUGUGCCAGUCCAGCAGGCGGCUGGCUCCACCCUACCAUUGGUGUUGACUCGCAAAAAAGGCGGCGAUGACGGAGAGGACGGCCACUAUAAUCCCUUCGAGCACCGCAAAGUUGAGCACCCAACAUCUGAUUUGGAAACCUUCGUGCAUCUGCUGAAAGGCUCACUGGGCUCAGGCAUUCUGGCCAUGCCCAUGGCCUUUGCCAAUGCGGGUCUGUGGUUUGGUCUAGUGGCCACCUUAUUCGUGGGCACCUUGUGCACCUACUGCGUUCACGUGCUGGUCAAGUGCUCGCAUAUACUCUGCCGGCGUCGCAAGAUACCAAUGAUGGGGUUCGCCGAUGUCGCCGAGCAAGCCUUUCUGGAUGGUCCACCCUCGCUGAAUCGCUGGUCCCGCUUCAUACGCUUCAUGGUGAACACGUUUCUAGUGAUCGAUCUGCUUGGUUGCUGCUGCAUCUAUCUGGUGUUUGUGGCUACCAAUGUGCAACAGGUGGUCGGCGUUUACAUGGAUACUGUGCUCAGCGUGCGUUUGUGGAUUGUUAUUGUGUCUGCGCCUUUGGUGUUCAUGUGUCUGGUGCGCAAUCUGAAGUUUUUGACGCCCUUCUCGAUGAUUGCCAAUAUUCUGAUGUUUGUGGGCAUUGUCAUAACGUUCGUCUAUAUGUUUACGGACUUGCCAGCGCCAGCUGAGCGCGCGGGCGUGGUUUCGCCAGUGCAGUGGCCACUGUUCUUUGGCACGGUCAUCUUCGCCCUGGAAGGCAUCGGUGUAGUUAUGUCCCUGGAGAACGACAUGAAGAACCCCAAACACUUCAUUGGCUGCCCCUCGGUGCUCAAUCUGGGCAUGGGCCUGGUCAUUGGUCUUUACACACUGGUCGGUUUCUUUGGCUAUCUCAAGUAUGGUCCCGAUACCGAGGCAAGCAUAACGCUAAAUCUGCCCCUGGAAGACAAAUUGGCACAAUCCGUCAAGCUAAUGAUUGCCAUUGCUAUAUUCUUUACUUUUACGCUGCAGUUUUAUGUUCCAGUCAGCAUCCUGUGGAAGGGAAUUGAAAACAAGAUUCCUGCUGCGCGCCAGAACAUCAGCGAGUACGGAUUGCGUGUGGGCCUGGUGAUUCUUUGCUGUGGCAUUGCUGUGGCGCUGCCCAAUUUGGGUCCAUUUAUCUCGCUCAUUGGCGCCGUCUGCCUGAGCACGCUGGGCAUGAUGGUGCCGGCGAUUAUUGAAUUGGCUGUGUACAAUGAGGAUCCUGGCUAUGGUCGCUUCAAGUGGCGGCUGUGGAAGAACUCGGGUCUGAUAUUGUUUGGCAUUGUGGGCUUCGUAACGGGCACAUAUGUGAGCAUACGCGAGUUUCAGGCUGAGUUUAACGGGGGCCAUGUGGGCGAUGCACAGUGAGCAGCCGCCCAAAAGUUUACGCUAAUUUAAUUUAAAUUAGUUUUAAUAAAACUCUUCUAAGCACAGGGAUAUCUAAGUUAAGUUUUUAACUAAUUUUAGGGCUAACCAAAGUUUUAUAAGAUUCUCCCUCUGCUACACUUUCUCCAACGUUCCCAAUCCACCAGCUUAUCACAUACUCAAUCCCAUCUAAAUUUCAAACUAAAACCAUAAAAAUUAAUUAUGUUAUAAUAUCAUUAACUUCAUUCAGGCCAAGAACGGGCAGCUUUGUUGUAGUUACCUUCUACCUAACCCUUACCCUUUAAAUCUACCAUCAUCCAAACAAAGUAUUUGAUUUAGUCAAUGCCGCAUUAUGAUAAAUAAUUGUGGCAUUGACGUUAGAGAAUUCUUCCAGAAGUGAUUUCGUAAACGUAGUGAUCUUUUGACAACAAAAUAUAUCGUAGUUAUAGUAGUUGUAAUUAGUUCCUAGCUGAACUAAAUUAGUUACACACAAAAACAGACAGACAGUUAAGCAAGUUACACACACCAACACACGCAUAUAUAAAAAAUGUUCGUUUUGUUAUAUUUUUCGUUUAUUAAAAUAUCAUUGAUUUUCUCUA